UCCGUUUCCGCCGGCUCAGGCAGUCUGCCCGGGCAGCAAGAGGGUCCUGUCCCUCUCCCUUCUCGACAGGCAGUGCAGCGGGCCAGCCCGGGCUCUCAGGACCCGGUUGUUAGGAGCCGAGGCAAGAUGGCGGACGUGCUGAGCGUACUGCGUCAAUACAACAUCCAGAAGAAGGAGAUUGUGGUGAAAGGGGACGAGGUCAUCUUCGGAGAGUUCUCCUGGCCGAAGAAUGUGAAGACGAAUUAUGUGAUCUGGGGGACGGGAAAAGAAGGUCAGCCGAGGGAGUAUUAUACUUUGGAUUCCAUAUUGUUUCUGCUUAACAAUGUUCACCUCUCCCAUCCUGUAUAUGUGCGACGUGCUGCAACAGAGAAUAUUCCUGUAGUUCGAAGGCCAGACAGAAAGGAUCUACUUAGCUACUUAAAUGGUGAAACAUCAACAUCUGCAAGUAUAGACAGAAGUGCACCUCUAGAAAUUGGUUUGCAACGGUCAACACAAGUAAAAAGAGCAGCUGAAGAAAUAUCAUCAGAGUUAAAGAAACCCAGGAUAGAGGAUGAAGAACGUGUACGACUUGACAAAGAGCGUUUGGCAGCUCGUUUGGAAGGCCACAAAGAGGGCAUUGUACAGACAGAGCAAAUUAGGUCAUUGUCAGAGGCGAUGUCUGUGGAAAAGAUUGCUGCUAUUAAAGCCAAAAUUAUGGCAAAGAAACGUUCCACUAUCAAGACAGAUCUGGAUGACGACAUUGCAGCUUUAAAGCAAAGAAGUUUUGUAGAUUCUGAAGUAGACGUAACCAGAGAUAUUGUCAGCAGAGAGAGAGUAUGGCGAACAAGAACUACCAUUCUCCAAAGCACUGGAAAGAAUUUUUCCAAGAACAUAUUUGCAAUUUUACAAUCAGUAAAAGCUCGGGAAGAAGGACGAGCACCAGAACAGAGACCCCCACAAAAUGUAAUACAACCGGAUCCAGCAUUGCGAAAUAAACAGCCUAUUCCAGCAGCAUACAACAGAUAUGAUCAGGAAAGAUUUGCGAAGAAGGAAGAAACUGAAGGUUUCAAGAUUGAUACAAUGGGCACCUACCAUGGUAUGACACUCAAAUCUGUGACGGAAGGUGCUUCUGCUCGAAAGGCUCAAACUCCUGCUGUUCAACCUGUCCCACGACCAGAAUUAGAACAGGACACAGUGGAGGAGUUGAUGGCUGAGUGCAAUUAUUGA